AUGAAGGCAUCAGUCAUGCCAGAUAGGGUUGUGGAGUUGGCGCCCGCGUCCGUUGACGAGACCGUAGUCGUAGUCCAAGAUGGGGUCCGGUUGAACGCCGCGGGCUACAAGGAUCAGCUGAAUCGUCAAUAUGGAUUUUUUGGGCUGGCAAGCAUGGCCCUGACGGUUGACAGCGCCUGGGUCGCCCUAGGCUCGUCCAUUUCCGUGUCGAUUCUCAAUGGUGGCCCACCCGGCAUCAUUUACGGCCUAAUUGUCGCCGUCUUCUAUUACUCCCUCAUCGGCUUGAGUUUAGCAGAGCUUGCUUCGUCGGUCCCCACCGCGGGCGGCGUCUACCACUGGGCUACCAUCGCAGGUGGUCCUCGCUGGGGGCGAGCCCUCGGUUUCUUCACCGGUUGGAUCAACUUCUACGGCUGGCUUUUCUCGCUGGCAUCCCUGAUGCAAAUCGCGAGCAAUGUCGCCGUGAGCAUGUACGCCGUGUAUCACUGGGAUGACUACGUCAUCCAGCCCUUCCACGUCUUUAUCGGAUACCUCAUCAUUCUGUGGGGGUCUGCGGGCUUCACUGUAUUCGCCAACAAGUACGCGCCAUAUACCCAGUAUGCCGGAACGCUAUUCGUUUUGAUCGGCGGAGUCGUCACCAUCAUAGUGUUGGCCGCUAUGCCGAAGCAACAUGCGAGCAAUCACUUUGUAUGGGGCUCUUUCGACGAGAACAACGCCACAGGAUGGUCUGGGGGCGUAGCUUUCCUCCUAGGCGUUCUCAACGGUGCCUUUACGAUCGGGACUCCUGACUCGAUCACGCACAUGGCUGAAGAAAUGCCGCACCCCAAAAAGGACCUCCCGAAAGCGAUUCUCCUCCAGAUAUCCUUGGGAUUUGUCUAUGCCUUCUGCUUCGCCGUUGCGCUUUCGUAUGCCAUCACGGACAUCACGGCCCUCCAAGGCGGGUCCAACUCCUUCCCGCUGGCCAACAUCUACGUGCAAGCCACUACGGGCAGCAAUGGAGUCCGAAACCCAGGUGCAGCAUUCGGUCUGCUGUUCAUCGUACUGGGCUGUACGCUGACAUGUUGCGUGGCCGCGAAUUUGACGGCUUCGAGGACUUACUGGGCGCUUGCCCGCGACAACGCUGUACCUUUGUCAAGCGUCUUUGCACAGGUUAAUGAGCGUCUGAGUUGUCCUGUCUGGUCAACUUUGUUUGUCUGUGUGGUCGCAACCGCGCUGGGCGCCAUACCGCUCGGGAGCUCAACAGCUUUCCUAGCACUAACAAGUUCGUUCAUCAUUCUCACGACCGUAUCAUACGCCAUCCCAUUCGCGGCAAACAUGCUCUCGGGCCGGAAGUACUUUCCUAGCGGGUCUUUCCACCUGGGCAAGGCAGGAUACCUCAUCAAUGGCCUAGCCGUGCUCUUCAUCGUCUUGUUUGACAUUUUGUUUUGUUUCCCAUUUGUGUUGCCGACCACGGUAGCAACGAUGAAUUGGAGCAGCGUCAUCUUGGUGGGAACGGUGGCGAUCACGGGGUUAUGGUGGGCAGUCCACGCAGUCCAUCAUUAUCCUGGGCCCAAAGUGAUGGGGCUCUACAUCGACACGGAAGGCGUGAGACCGAUUGCUACAGAAAAGGAUGUGGCGGCUGCUGCUUCUGCUUCAUUGGAGUCGAAGGAACCUCACGCAUUACAAUGA